AUGUGUGGACACGUCAACUCCAUCUUCAACCACAUCUCCUGCAGCCACUCCAAGGACACAAUAUGUGCUCUUGAAGACCUCCCUAAUAACGAAGAGUGGCUUGCUAUCCCUAAUGAUGUCCCACAUAUCACAGAGGACUCGGAGGAUAGCUACUGGCCAAAUCUACAGGCCAGUAUUGACAACGAUAAGAUCAAAUUUAAGGAUGUCUCCAUUGAGUGCGUCGUCUGUCGUACCGACGUGACGAUCUUCCCAAAAGAUCACGUCGUCGACGAAGAAGUUGGUGAGAGCCACAGGGCCGUCAUCCUCCCCUGCGGACACAUCUUUGGCGCCUCGUGCAUCAAGCAGUACUUCGACAUGAAGACUGAGCAGGGACAGCCCGUAUCCUGUAUCAAGUGCCGGGCCGCAUGCUACCACCCAGGCUGCGGACAUCCCUUCUACGGGGCACCCAUGCCUUGCAGUAUACCUCGCAUGGCGUUCACCCCGCAUGUCGUGGGCAAGGGGGGUAGCAUCGACCCGUUUUGUAGGCUCUGCAACAUCAAGAAAACGAUGUUGGAUAUCACUGCUGAGGUCAAGCGGGCACCAGACCGCCCCAAGGCUGUGGACGAGUUCCUGGGCAUUGUUCUCGAGAUCGAUGGCAAGUCCUUUCCGAAUACAAGAACAUGUUACGAUGAGCUUCGCCGCGGGACCCUGGAGCGGGUGUACUUCCCUGAGUCUUUGGUGGACCUCUUCGCCCACUACCAGGAUGUCAUUGAGGAGAAAGAGAACGGGCAAGACUACUGGGUGGGUAAUCACCUCGGCCAGUGGAGUGCCAAAUUAUACGUCCGCAAACAACAGGACUAG